CGUGAGCAAAACAUUUCAUCUAUCCACUCAAUAGCUAAACAUUCUUUCCUUCCUUAUUAGAACAUUUGAUGUCCGUAUGCAUCAGUGGAGGUUCCCUUUGGACCCCUAGCAAUAUUUAUCAUUGCCAGAAAACAAAAGGAAACGAAGAACAAUGAACUGUGGUUAAGGAAUCACAAUUAGGAAUAUAAACCAUGGGUCUUGAUCACAUUUACAUGCUUACUUGAAAUAAAUUCAUGAAAAUUAAUUGCAAGUCUUUGCAUAAAUGUGAGAGAUCAAGAGCAUGAAUGCUGGAGAUUGAGUAAUUUUGUGGGGCAAAUGAGAGGAUUGAACCAUAAACAGAGACAGAAACGGUGGUGCAUGAGAGUGGAGACCUUAGGAACGAGACAGUGUCCAAAAUCAGAAUUGAAAAGCUGCAUGAAUGACAACGCAUAAACCACAGCCUGUUUACAGACGCUUGACCAUUUCUGUUCAGUUACGAGACCCCUAGUCACCCAACAGGACUUCCUUUCCACCAGAGCACAGUGCAUUGAUUCUGCUUUUGUCAGUACCCUUUUGGACUUUUUCAAAGCUGUUUUAUCUGCUCCUUUUUCCCUCUUUUCCUUGCUAGCUAGGCAAUCCCUUUGGAACAUGGCACUCCUGUCACAAUGGCCUUACUGACAUUUUAAUCAUCUGUAUCGCGUUUUCUAAUCUUACCGGUAUAAAAUACACUCUCCCCAUCAACGCCCACUAACUCAUUCACUCUCAAAACUUCUUGGCUACUCUAACAAUCUAACUAAGAUGGUUAUUGCGAAGUAUCCCUCGGUCUGCCUUCCUCUGGCCUUUGCUUUACUUCUUUGUCUUGCUGUUUCUACAGAGUCACAAUCCUAUGGCCAUGGAGGAAACCAGGACCAGAUCAGGGCAGAUGAUGUUCAGAGCAGGUGGUGCAUUGCUAAACCAUCGGCAUAUAAUUUUGAGCUUUUGCGCAACAUAGAUUAUAGCUGUGGGCAAAAUGGAGUGGACUGCGGGCAAAUUCAACCAGGUGGUGGCUGCUUUCGUCCAGACACUGCCUUUGGACAUGCCUCCUACGCUAUGAAUCUCUUCUUCAAGGCUGCAGGAAAGCACCCAUGGGAUUGCCAUUUCAAUGGUACUGGCAUUGUUGUUACUCAGGACCCAUCCUUUGGUACCUGCACCUAUCCCCUGUAAUGCUAAGAGAUCAGCUCGAGACAAGAAGGGUCUUCAUGUUUAUUAGUAGUUUGAAUAAUUUUUCAUUAAAGGAUCCAAAAUUAUGAUUUCCCAUCUUGUAAUGGGUAAAAGAGAGACAAUCUCGUUUUGUGAAACGACGAUGAAUGGUGUCAAUGCAUUCCUUUGACUUCGACUA